CUUGGGUCUUUGCCUGGACUCAGCGCCCAAAGCGCCAAACUAGUCAGGACGAACCCGCUCGUAUUUGUCGAACAAGACGCCAUUGCACGACGCUUCGGUAGCAAACCCUCGUUAAGAAGAUUGCAGUGCCUUCAUGGGCCCUUGAUACCAUUGUCCUGCUGUCUUUCGACUGUCUGGCUGUGUUUACAGUCGCAUGUGGGCAACACGUGCUGGAGCAGCCAACCCCACGCCAGCUUGGUACCCGAGUUUGAUUCCAAACUCAUCCUCAGUCCCACGCCGAGGACGAGCCCGCUCAGAUCCAUCUGAAAACACGCAGCGGCGACGUCGACGACGACGACAACAACAACAACGACAACGAAGACGGCGUCGAUCAUGCCUAGUCCCGGCAGGAUUUCGGAAGAGCCAUCUUCCAAGGCAAGGAACGUGCCUGCGAGAUCCUCGCCGCUCGAUUCACCGCUGUUGGGUGCGUCUCCGGCGUUGUCGUCCAGCCAGCGGGCGUCGACGACGGCACGACUGGGCUCGCCCAUACCGACGGGCACACCGCCUGUACGCCAGAUACCAACGCCUUCGCAGCUGGGCACACAGCCACGGUCUGGGUCUCAAACUCCCACCGGCGUAUUCGAUGGUUCCAAGGCUUCUGUUUCGAGCGUCCAGGCUGAGUCGGCUCUGGCGGCGGCAUUGAAAGGCUCGUACAGCGGAAGCCCGCCCAGGUUCGGUACACCGCCGGCCCGGCCGCUGUCGCCGUCGUCUGGAGUCCUACGUGGGCGGACAGAAUACGGCAGUUUCGAGGCGAGGGCCGGCAGUCCCUUGUUAAGCGAUAAUCUCGAGAUUGUGAAGAGGCAUUUAGCCGGUCCGGCGGGACACGCGUCUCAGCUGGCUUCUGGGCUCGGAUCGCCUGCUCGGCGGCCAAGGGGAGGUUCGGGCCAGCGGCAGCUGGACGAUGAGACGGUAGCGCCUGGGUUGGACGACGACGAAUUCUCUAGUUUGCGGCUCCAGGGCGGCGAUACCACAAGGCAUAUCUACAGGCUGGUUGAGCAACAGGAGGCAGAGCAAAGAACUGCGCUUUUGAGGAGGAAGAGCACGUCGAACGCUCACAGGGUGACCGUGGACGACGAUGACCCCACGUUGAAUAUCGAUUCGAUCAAGCAGCCGGGUGGGUUUAGGCGUAACUACAUACGUCGACAGGCCCUCAGUCCGUCGCCGAAUCGAGAACAAGGAGAAAGCAGCCGCGCAUACGGCAGCGUCGAGGCUGGAGCCGCCAGCGGGCGCCCCCAGAUCCUUACCACUAGCUUUAUUGAGUUCCUCAGUCUGUAUGGCCACUUUGCCGGUGAAGAGCUGGAGCAAGAGUACGAUGACGAGGAAGACGACUACUUCUCCUCUGAUGCCUACGAAGACGCGGUGCGAGACGGAGAAGGUGCCGAUGGCGAGGAGUUUGGUGAACGCAGCGCCCUGCUCGACACGCCAGGCAAGCGUAGACGGCGCAAGGAGAAGGCAGCCCACGGAGCGAGUCCUCAAGGAGCAGCAUUGUUGUUGCUCAAGUCUUUCGUCGGCACAGGCGUUCUCUUCUUGCCCAAAGCCUUCCUCAACGGCGGCAUGCUCUUCUCAUCUCUCACUCUCCUCUUCGUCGCCGCGCUUAGCUACUACUGCUUUCUGCUUCUUUGUAGCACCCGCAUCGCCGUACCUGCUUCAUUCGGCGGCAUGGGCAAGCGCCUCUACGGCAAGUGGAUGCUCAUCCUCAUCAACUUCUCGCUUGUCAUCUCCCAGAUCGGUUUCUCGUCCGCAUACAUCGUGUUCGUGUCGGAGAACCUGCAGGCCUUUGUGCUGGCCAUAACAAACUGCCAGAAGAACAUUCCCGUUCCAUUCUUCAUCCUUAUGCAGAUGGUAAUCUUCCUUCCUCUCUCCCUUUACAGGAAUAUACAAAACAUACAAAAGAUUGCCGUUGUUGCUGACAUCUUCAUCCUGGCUGGCUUGCUCUACCUGUACUACUUCGAUAUCUACACCAUCUCUUCUGUUAAUCAUGGCAUAGCCGACAUUAAGCCCUUCAAUAGCAAGGAUUGGACCCUCUUCAUUGGCACGGCCAUCUUCACCUUCGAGGGCAUCGGCCUUAUCAUUCCGAUUCAGGAAUCAAUGCAACAUCCCCAGAAGUUCCCCUCGGUUCUUGCCAUCGUCAUGGUCGUUAUAACCGUAGUUUUUACUUCAAUGGGUGCCCUGUCGUACGCUGCAUACGGCUCCAAGACGAAGACUGUCGUUAUCUUGAACAUGCCGCAGGAUUCCAAGUUCGUGAACGCGGUGCAGUUCAUAUACUCCCUGGCCAUCUUGUUGAGCACGCCACUACAGUUUUUUCCAGCCAUCGAGAUCACAAGUAAAGCCAUUUUCAGUCGUAAGAGUGGGAAGGGCAAUCCGUGGGUCAAGUGGAAGAAGAACGUCUACCGCUUCUUCAUGGUUGUCUUAUGUGCUGGCAUCGCAUGGGUGGGUGCUGAUGACCUGGACAAGUUUGUUGCGCUUGUAGGCUCGUUUGCGUGCAUCCCCCUCGUAUACAUCUAUCCGCCCAUGUUACACUAUCGGGCAAUUUCGAAGACUACGUGGCAGCGCGUCGCAGACAUCAUCUUGAUCAUCUUCGGCUUCGUAGGAAUGGCGUACACGACCGUCCUAACGGUCAAGAGCUGGGUGGGCAGCGAUAGUGGAAAACCUCCAGGCUAUUGCGAUGAACGCUGAUGGUCAAUUCGGUAUCUCCUUUGUAUCGGGAUGUAUAUAUCGGGUCUUGUUUUUAGCAUCUUAGCCCCAUCGUGGGCUUUAACGUCUGUACCAGCAUGCACACACUUGCAUCAUCCGUUCCUAUUGCUUGUAUAUGUUGGCGAUUUUAUUGUCGAUAAAGGGAGAAGCACGAGUGGGCUGAACUGCAUUAGGUGUGGCGAAGACUUAUAGAAAGAAAGAAAACAACACAACGGGGAAGGAAGCAGCGAUGCCCCCUCGAUCCGGAAUAGAUUGUACUAUCUAGCAUAUGGGCAGAACAACAAGCAUAGCAAAAUAUCAAUGUGCAUCAUCAGUCC